UACACUGCACCUACUUCUGAGUUUGGUGUCAUCAAAGAUGGCGAUUUGCUGAGUGCUCAUGGACACAUCUCAUGGUCAUGGAUAAAUAUUAUCUUGCUUGAACUUGUGGUUAUAUUUGGGGUUUAAUGUAAUUUCUGUUUUACUUUUGAAUAUUUGAAACACAGCUGUAAUUGAAGCGCAAGGGAGAAACAGCGUUAGCUACCGCAACAAUGCAAAUCACGUUAAAAACACUGCAACAGCAGACAAUUCAAAUUGACAUAGACCCAGAUCAAACGGUGAAGGCACUGAAGGAGAAGAUAGAAGCAGAGAGGGGAAAAGAUAACUUCCCAGUGUCUGGACAGAAGCUCAUAUAUGCUGGCAAAAUCCUGCAAGAUGACACACCUAUUAAAGACUACAAAAUUGACGAGAAGAAUUUUGUUGUAGUUAUGGUAUCUAAGGCAAAGUCUGCCACAGCUGCUUCAACACCUUCCUCAGAGGCACCCAAGGCCCCUGUCCAGGACUCUGGGUCCUCGACGUCUGCGGGCCCGGCCCCUGCAGCCAUCCCUAUCCCCCCAGAGGAGCCCACACCUACAGUCGCAGAGCCCCCAGCUCCAGCCAGCUCAGACCUCAGUGUAGAGGUUCAGGGGGGAGAUGCCUCCUCUGCCUUGGUGACAGGAGCGGAGUAUGAGACCAUGCUGACAGAGAUCAUGUCUAUGGGUUAUGAGAGGGAGAGAGUGGUAGCUGCUCUCCGGGCCAGCUUCAACAACCCCCAUCGGGCCGUGGAGUACCUCCUCACUGGCAUUCCUAGCAGUCCGGUCCAAGAGACUAAUCCCCCAGCACAGCUUCCUGCAUCUGCCCGCACAGGCACAGAGACCCCUACUGUUGCUGAGGGAGAAAACCCUCUGGAGUUUCUGCGUUCCCAGCCUCAGUUCCAGAGCAUGAGGCAGGUGAUCCAGCAGAACCCCUCACUGCUGCCAGCUCUGCUCCAACAGCUGGGCCGGGAGAACCCACAGCUCCUACAGCAAAUCAGCCAGUACCAGGAGCUGUUCAUCCAGAUGCUGAAUGAGCCGGCGGGGGAGGUAGGAGACGUGCCUGAGGUGGGGGACCUGGGUGCUGCAGUGGAGGAGGGAGCUCCAGUCAACUACAUUCAGGUCACACCUCAGGAGAAAGAAGCCAUCGAGAGGUUAAAAGCGUUGGGUUUCCCCGAGGCGCUGGUGAUCCAGGCCUACUUUGCCUGUGAAAAGAACGAGAACCUAGCGGCCAACUUCCUCCUGAACCAGGGCUUUGAGGAUGAAUGAGAGGCGCUGGCCUGCCCUCCUCUCCAGCCCAGCACAAGGACUGCACCCCACUGUAGAGCAACGAUCUUCAGGUCAUUUCAGAUGGAGGGGGAG